AUGGCGGACAAGGCCACGCGGGCCUGGGUGGAGGACCAGCUGUAUGCGCUGCUAGGCAAGCUGCCGCCGCCGCCGCCUGCCACCCCACCUCCUCUCUUCGCUCACUGCACGCUGCCACAAGAAGCAUUGCCACUGGGACAUGGCUUUGCUGAGCGGGCGCUGGUUGACUAUUGUGUAUCGCUUGGAAAGAAGGCCAAGGAUGCAGGAGCCCUGGCCAGCACGCUGGAGGGGCAGGGCCUGCCUCCCGGCGGCACCACCCGCCAGUUUGCUGCCGACCUGAUGGCACGGCUGCCGCGGGGCGGCGAGGCCGCGGCCUUUGCCCGCAAGCAGCAGCAGUACGCCCUCCUGGCGGACGACGAGGAGGAGCGGGAGGAGGAGGAGCGGCGGCGGCAGCAGCAGCAGCAGGAGGCGCAACGGCAGCGCGAGCAGCAGCAGGACGGCGGCGGCGGCGGCAAGAAGGCGCACCUUCGCAAGAGCCGGCAGGAGGCGGAUGGGGAGGACGACACGGUGGUGAAGAAGAAGAGCAGGAAGCGGGCGUGGGAGGAGGAUGAGGAGGACGCGGCCGCUGCGGCGGAGAAGCGCAAGGUGGAGGAGCGGGAGGCGGAUCUACGGGAGCGGGAGGAGUUUGAGCAGCGGCUCAAGGAGCGGGACGAGGCCCGCACCCGCAAGCUGGCCGAGAAGCGAAUCCCCAAGGAGGAGCUGGAGGAGGCGGAGCGGCGGCGCAGGGCGGAGGAGGCCGAAGACCGCAAGGGCACCAUCGCCACGCUGAGGGAUGUGUCGCGCCAGGAGUACCUCAAGAAGCGGGAGGAUGCAAAGCUGGAGGAGCUGAAGGAGGCGCUGGAGGACGAGAAGUACCUGUUCCAGGGCGUGAAGCUGACGGACAAGGAGCGGCGGGACCUGGAGUACAAGGAGCAGGUGUACCGCCUGGCGGUGGAGCGCAAGAAGCAGCUGGGUGGGGAUGUGGAGGCGGAGGAGGAGGCGGAGACGCCGUGGGCGCAGCAGGAGGCGUUUGAGGCGCAGCAGAUCAAGAAGGCGUCGGCGGCCUACGGCGCCAAGGACAAGGCGGCGGCAGCAGGCGAGUGGUGGGGCGCCGUGCAUGGCGGCGGCGGCACCAGCGCUCCCAAGCACCUGCGUGGAGCCGCAGUGCUGUUGCUUGGCCGCGGCCGCACCGCGGGCAGCACCCCGCACAUGCAGCAGGGGCCUGCCUCCUACGACUAUGUGUUUGAGGACCAGAUCGAGUUCAUCGUGGACCAGUACCUGGCGGGAUCAGCACCGGACAUGGAGGAGAGCAAGGAGGAGCGCAUGAAGCGGGAGCGGGAGGAGCGGGAGGCGGAGCAGCGGUCGGAGUUUGAGCAGAUCCAGGCGGCGCGCAAGCUGCUGCCCAUGUUCCCGUACCGGGCGGACCUGCUGAGGGCUGUGGAGGCGCACCAGGUGAUCAUAAUCGUGGGCGAGACGGGGUCGGGCAAGACCACGCAGAUACCCCAGUACCUUUACGAGGCAGGGUACGGGAAGCUGGGCAGGAUCGGGUGCACGCAGCCCAGGCGCGUGGCCGCCAUGUCUGUGGCAGCCCGCGUGGCUCAGGAGAUGGGUGUGAAGCUGGGCAACGAGGUGGGAUACUCCAUCCGGUUCGAGGACUGCACCUCGGACAUGCAGGCCAAGAUUUUCGAGCCCACGCCGCCGGGGGCGCGCAAGGUGGUCAUCGCCACCAACAUCGCCGAGACCUCGCUCACCAUCGACGGAAUCAAGUACGUCAUCGACCCCGGCUUCUGCAAGCAGAACAGCUACAACCCGCGCUCAGGCAUGGAGUCGCUGCAGGUCACACCCAUCUCCAAAGCCUCUGCGCUGCAGCGGGCGGAGACGAUGUUCCGUGCGCUGGAGCAGCUGUAUGCUCUGGGGGCGCUGAACGACAAGGGGGAGCUGACCACCAUGGGCCGCAAGAUGGCUGAGUUCCCUGUGGACCCCAUGCUGGCCAAGAUGAUCAUCCAGAGCGAGAAGUACGGGGUGUCGGAGGAGGUGGCCACCAUUGCCGCUAUGGUAUCCAUAGGGGGAUCCGUCUUCUACCGCCCGAAGGACAAGGCGGUACACGCCGACAACGCCCACAAGACCUUCCACCUCGGCAACGUCGGGCUGCUGGAGCAGCUGCUGUUGCCGGCGCUGGAGGGCUCAAGGUAUGGCAGCACCGCGGUCCAGCUCUCCCGGAACCCACCGCUGCUGCUGCCACCCAGGCUGACGCUGAAGGCGGGCACAGCCGCCGUGCACGGCGGCGUGCCGAUGCCGAGCGGCGCCGUGGGCGGGCUGCCCAGCAGCACGCCGCUGCUCAGGCUCUGCUGGCUGUGCUGCGGGGUAAAGGUGGGGAAGAGCCUCCACAGGCUUAACUUCCCGGUUUUAACGUCUAGCUUUAGACCAUUACUUGAUCUGCCCGACGCGCCAAUGCUCACCACCAAGGAGUACAUGCGGGUGGUGUCUGAGAUCUUGCCCGAGUGGCUGCUUGCUAGGAGCUGUCUGAUGGCCGGCUGCCCCUAUGCCUGCCUGCCCGCCCACCUGCUGCCCUGCUUGCCCGUGGCAAUCGCCUGCCUCCCGUCAUCCCAACUUUUGGGCCCCGUGUCAACAUGGUGUAGUCAAGGCAAAAACAAGGGCCCUUGUCAGCCCUUGUCAACAAGAUCACUCAACAUGUCGCUUGCUGACAUGGGGCUUGUAGUAAGAGGCUUGUCAGCCCAUGUCGGCAAGCGCCAUGUCAACGCAGAAAACAAGCUGCUUGUAAACCUCUUGUCCACAUGCAUCCUCCCCUCGUGCUCGCAUGCACCCACCCGCCAAAAUGCGGACACGGGCGUUCGGCAGACGUACACGCACGCAUCCGUUAAGGUGCAGCGGUACAUUGAGGACGUGUGGGGGGGCAGCCUCUCUACGGAGGCCUACACGCCUGCGUCGUUCCUGUGCGAUGUGCCCGAGCGCCGGCGCCGGGUAAGAGCAGCGUCAGCGUCAGCAAGCAGCGGUCAGCGGCACCCCCACCACCCCCACCACCACCUCACACACUCACUGGCCAUUGCGCGAUGGUCUGCUCACGCGGCCUAUCAUAGCGGGGUGACUGUAACACCUAGAUCAAAUAUUGGUCUAAAGCUAGACGUUAAAACCAGGAAGUUAAGCCUGUGGAGCCUAGGCUCUUCCCCACCUUUACCUUUACCUUUUACUUCAGGGAUCCCAUUUCAACAGCUUGUGGAGAUCGCCCCCCACUACUACAGCAAGAAGGAGAUCAUGGAGCAGGCUGCCAAGAAGCUGCCCAAGACACUGGGCAAGGCCGCUGACCGACACUGCGUAUGUCACAUCACGGUGCAGCGGUACAUUGAGGACGUGUGGGGGGGCAGCAUCUCUGCGGAGGCCUACACGCCUGCGUCGUUCCUGUGCGAUGUGCCCGAGCGCCGGCGCCGGGUGCGCCUGGCGCAGUGGCGCACGGGGUCGCACUGGAUGGCUGAGGAGACAGGCCGGUGGCAGCGGCUGGACCGCACCCAGCGCCCAUGCCCCCACUGCCAGGCCCCUCUAGAGGACGUGCGCCACGCAGUGUAUGACUGCCCCCUAUACGCUGGGCUGAGGGAGGAGUAUGCUGAGCUCUUCCACAGUCCCGGCCACGCCUUGCCCUCCCUGGCCGCCUUCCUCGGCCAGGCCAGGCAGGGCCGGCUGGCCCGGUUUGCCGACCGGUGCCAUGAGGAGCAUGCUGCUGCCCUGGCGCAGUGA